AUGUCAACCUGCAUUACCUCUACACUAAUCAAGGUACCACUCGCGAUACGCCUGAGACGAUCGAUGAUUUUUGCACCGCCCUUGGCAAGAUCGUUGGACCCGAUGAUGCUAGAGAUGAUUUUGAGCUCCCAAGCAGCUCCCUCCGUGAUCAAGGAGACGUCAAAGCACAAAGCCGUAAUGGCAGAAACAGUAAGGAGAAAGCUGGCAGCAUGUCUUACUGUACCAAGUGCAAGGACUACAGACACCACUCCAGUGAGGAGCACAUCGAGUGCGAGCACUGUGGACGAGCUGGUCACCAGAAGCAUACCUGUCGCAAGCUCGACAACCAGCGUGGCCCUUCCCGUAAUAAUGGUCGCAGUGACCGCGGUCGAGACAGCUACAGUCGGUACAACAGUCGUGACAACAAUCGUGACCACAGCGUUCGUGACAGCAGUAACCGAGAUAAUAAC